GAUCCUUCAGCCAUACUCUACAACCUAGCAUGGCGGAAGAUACGAAUACCUUAAGUUAUUGGUUGAAUUGGAGGUUCUUCCUCUGUGCACUAUGGAUUUUGGCUGCUAUGGGCCUAGCAUCGUUUUUGAUAUGGAGGUAUGAAGAAUUCAGAAAAUCAAGGAAUGAGAGGAGAGAAAGGCAGCGGCGGCGAGAAACGGCUGGCUCUCUGUACAAGGGUGAAGCGUGGAAUACAUGUCUUAAAGGAAUACAUCCUUCUUGGUUGCUUAUUUACAGGAUUGUGUCUUUUCUUGUGCUUCUGAUUUUGCUCAUUGUUAAUGUGAUUGUUGAUGGAGGUGGCAUAUUUUACUUCUACACUCAGUGGACUUUCACUUUGGUCACCAUUUACUUUGGGCUUGCAUCUUGUUUCUCCAUAUAUGGAUGUUGUUUCAACCACAACAAACUUGAGGCCAACACUGCAGAUUCUGAACAAGGAACUUAUUCGGCUCCUAUACUUGAUGGGGCGGUAGAGCGUAACCUGAUCAAGAAUUCACACACUGAUCAGGAACCUCACACUUGGAAUCCUGCUGGUGCAUGGGGUUAUAUGUUUCAGAUCAUUUUUCAGACUUCUGCAGGUGCUGUAAUGCUCACCGACUUAGUAUUCUGGCUCGUUAUUUAUCCGUUUAUGACAGCCGCCGAUUUCAGGCUGCACUUUUUUGAUGUUUGUAUGCACUCUGUUAAUGCUAUUUUCCUCCUCGGCGACACGGCAUUAAAUUGCAUGAGAUUCCCAAUGUUCCGGUUUGCAUACUUCAUCUUGUGGACUGGUAUAUUUGUGAUUUUUCAGUGGAUCAUCCAUGCUUGUGUUUCACUUUGGUGGCCUUACCCGUUCCUUGAUUUGUCGUCGCCAUACGCACCCUUGUGGUACUUUGCUGUGGGUGUCAUGCACAUUCCGUGCUAUGGCGCCUUUGCUUUGGUCGUCCGGUUGAAGCACUUGUGGUUGUCAAGAACGUUUCCGGAGACCUGUCAGUUUAUCCGGUGAUACUAAACUCCACUCCACUCCACUCCCAUUCCAUAACCCCCACAAAAUUGUUCAUGGGAUCUUGUUAUUUUUAUUUAUUAUUGUGGGCGAUAGAUACUUGUAUGUAAGAUUCAAGAUUGAGUUCAUAUAAAAGUUCUCUUCUCUAUUUUGUAA